UAACCUGCAAUGCAUGCUGGGAAGGAUAGUUUUUUGUGAUUCUUAUUUUUGAGGUCUGAACGCAACUCCUCCAUUGGCUCAGACUCGUUCAUCCAGAAGGCUAAGAGAAUAGAAAAGCGGUCACGUAUACAGUGUAAGGCUUUAUUAGGACCCGCUACGCCCCGGAAAUACUUCUUCUCGCUUCCUGUGGUUGUUGGUUUAAGGCGUAGCUUCAGGACAGAGAAUUGACGGAGAGAAGAAUACGGUAGAUUAGCAAAAUGAACAAAGAUGCACAGAUGAGAGCAACUAUUAACCAGAAAUUGAUAGAAACUGGAGAACGAGAACGGCUUAAAGAGUUGCUAAGAGCUAAAUUAAUUGAAUGUGGCUGGAAAGACCAAUUAAAGGCUCAUUGUAAAGAUGUGAUUAAAGAAAAAGGGUUAGAACAUGUUACUGUUGAUGACUUGGUGACAGAGAUAACUCCAAAAGGCAGAGCACUUGUACCUGACAGCGUGAAGAAGGAGCUUUUACAAAGAAUAAGAACUUUCCUUGCUCAGCAUGCCAGCCUAUAAGUUGGGUUGGGACACCGCUGCCAUGUAAUUUGAUUUCUUUAGUGCAUAAAAAAUACAUGCCAUACAUUUGAAGUGUGUUUUCUAAAUUAGUUCUUUUAUUUUGUAUGAUGAAUUUUACAUGUUUUGGUAUUGACCUGUGUUGUACUGAUUUUUUUUCUUGAAGAUUAUUUUAAUAAUAAAAAUAAAAUGUAAAUG